AUGGUGGUGAUGGAAGAAGAACAAGUGGAGAAAGAAAGGCCAGUUAUAUUAAGAGAUAUAAGGCGGUAUUAUUGUGAUUACUGUGGUAUUUGUAAAUCGAAGAAGUCUCUCAUCACUUCCCAUGUCCUCACCCAUCACAAGGAGGACAUGGACAAACAAAGAGUUGAUGGGGAUGAGGGAAAGGAGGAAGUAAAAUCCAACACUUGCAAAAAAUGUGGUGCUAGUUUUAAAAAGCCUGCAUAUUUGAUUCAACACAUGCAAAGUCAUUCUCUUGAGCUCAAAAGGCCAUUUGCGUUCUCGGUUGAUGAUUACCAUGCCAGCUAUAGAAGGAAAGAUCACUUAACUCGCCACCUUCUCCUGCAUGAAGGGAAACUUCUCAAGUGUCAAAUUGAGAAUUGCAAUUGCAAAUUUGUUUACCCAAGCAAUUUGAAAAGGCAUGUUAAAGAGCUUCAUGAUGAGAGUUCUCCUUCCUAUAGUGUUGAAGGUGAGAAGCAGUAUCUAUGCCAGGAACCGGGAUGUGGGAAGGUAUUCAGAUAUCCAUCAAAGCUGCAAACGCAUGAGGAUUCUCAUGGCGAAGAUAAACGGAAGAAUUUUAUGGAUCAUCUUUACGAGGCUUUAAAGAGAUCUGGAAUUCGUACCUUUUUAGAUGAUGAUGAACUUCCUAGUGGACAAGAAAUCUCCCCACAACUCGAAAAGGCAAUUCAGGAAUCAAGGAUUUCUAUUGUGGUCUUCUCCAAAGGCUAUGCUUCCUCCAGAUGGUGUCUUUCUGAACUUGCAAAGAUUAUGGAGUGCAGAGAUACUAUUGGCCAGAUUGUUCUCCAACUGUUUUAUGAUAUUGAUCCAUCUGAUGUUCGGAAGCAGACAGGGAGUUUUGCAGAAGCUUUAAAGGUACAUGAAGAACGGUUUAAGAAUGAAAAGGAGAAAGUAUACUGGUGGAGAAACGUUCUUGAGGGACUUGCUAAUCUAUCUGGAUUUGCUCUUAAUGAUAUGGAAAAUGGGUAUGCCCUCUUGUUUUAA